AUGACAAAAAAAGAUGCAAGAAAUUCCUUGAGAGCAAGUAUAGAGACUACUAGUAGUUCCGUUUUAGGCUCAGGAGAAAAUAUUAACAACAAUUCUCCAAAUAGUAAAAGAAAAUGUGUUAAGAAAGAGUUUAAUGAUACUGAAGCUAACGUUAUUGAAAGCUAUAAGAAAAAACUCGAUGAACACAAAGACCUUUUACAUGAAUCAAUGACAAAAUUCCUCAAUUCAUUAUAUGACGAGUUAGAGAAUUCAAGAGUAAAUCUCGAGGCAUCCUGUGUAAGAUCUUUACAAAGAUAUGGUGAUUCAAUUAAAAAGUUGGAAUCAUUAAAGAGUCAAAAUAUGGAAAGUUCUCUUAAAUUAAAAAAAAUGCAAAAUAUGUUUCAAAAAUUUUCUGAUAAAAUUACACAAGUUUAA